AUAUGGUUGGGGAUGGCUCUCGGCGGCGGGCGGGCAGCUGCGGUAGCUGCUGCUGGAGCUCGGGCGGCGGCGGCCUCGGCGGCAGCAGCCUAAGAGGCGGCGGCGGCGGCGGCGGCGGCAGCGGCAGAGGCGGCAGAGGCAGCGGCAGCAGAGGGGCUCCGGGUUCGGACCAUCCGCUCUCCCUGCGUUCUGUGCACCUCGGCUUAAAUGAUGUAUUUUGUGAUUGCAGCGAUGAAAGCUCAAAUUGAAAUUAUUCCAUGCAAGAUCUGUGGAGACAAAUCAUCAGGAAUCCAUUAUGGUGUCAUUACAUGUGAAGGCUGCAAGGGCUUUUUCAGGAGGAGUCAGCAAAGUAAUGCCACAUACUCCUGUCCUCGUCAGAAGAAUUGUUUGAUUGAUCGAACUAGUAGAAACCGCUGCCAACACUGUCGAUUACAGAAAUGCCUUGCUGUAGGGAUGUCUCGAGAUGCUGUAAAAUUUGGUCGGAUGUCAAAAAAGCAGAGGGACAGCUUAUACGCCGAGGUACAGAAACACCGAAUGCAGCAGCAGCAGCGAGAUCACCAGCAGCAGCCUGGGGAGGCAGAGCCACUGACUCCUACCUAUAAUAUCACCACCAAUGGGCUAACGGAGCUUCACGACGACCUCAGUAAUUACAUCGAUGGUCAUACCCCCGAAGGUAGCAAAGCAGACUCCGCAGUUAGCAGCUUCUACUUAGACAUACAGCCUUCUCCAGAUCAGUCGGGUCUUGAUAUUAAUGGAAUCAAACCAGAACCAAUAUGUGACUACACACCAGCGUCGGGCUUCUUCCCUUAUUGCUCUUUCACAAAUGGAGAGACUUCUCCGACUGUAUCCAUGGCAGAAUUAGAACACCUUGCACAGAAUAUUUCCAAGUCACAUAUGGAAACUUGCCAGUACUUGAGAGAGGAGCUACAACAGAUAACAUGGCAGACCUUUCUCCAGGAAGAGAUUGAAAACUAUCAGAACAAGCAGAGAGAAGUAAUGUGGCAGUUGUGCGCGGUCAAAAUAACAGAAGCUAUUCAGUAUGUAGUGGAGUUUGCCAAACGCAUUGAUGGAUUUAUGGAACUGUGUCAAAACGAUCAAAUUGUGCUUUUAAAAGCAGGUUCUUUGGAAGUGGUGUUUAUCAGAAUGUGCCGUGCCUUUGACUCUCAGAACAACACCGUAUAUUUUGAUGGGAAAUAUGCUAGCCCUGAUGUAUUCAAAUCCUUAGGUUGUGAAGACUUUAUUAGCUUUGUUUUUGAAUUUGGAAAGAGUUUAUGUUCUAUGCACCUGACUGAAGAUGAGAUUGCAUUGUUUUCUGCAUUUGUAUUAAUGUCUGCAGAUCGCUCGUGGCUGCAGGAGAAGGUAAAAAUAGAAAAAUUACAGCAGAAAAUUCAACUAGCACUUCAGCAUGUCCUACAGAAGAAUCAUCGGGAAGAUGGAAUAUUAACCAAGUUAAUAUGCAAGGUGUCUACAUUAAGAGCACUAUGUGGACGACAUACAGAAAAGCUUAUGGCAUUUAAAGCAAUAUACCCAGACAUUGUGCGACUUCAUUUUCCUCCGUUAUACAAGGAGUUGUUCACUUCAGAAUUUGAGCCAGCAAUGCAAAUUGAUGGGUAAAUGUUAUCACCUAAGCACUUCUAGAAUGUCUGAAGUACAAACAUUUAAAAAAAAAAUUAACCAAGACACUUUAUAUGGCCCUGCACAGACCUGGAGAGCCAACACACUGCACAUCUUUCGGUGGUCGGGGUCAGGCAAAGGAGGAGAAACAGUGAAAACAAAUAAAAGUCGAAUUUGUUUUUCUCAUGCAUAUGAUUUCCAUUAUGCCUACAGAUCUGGACCCUUUUUCUGUCUUGGCUUUCUUGACCUUUGACCUCUGUUUACAAGGUUGUCUUUUCUUGUAGCUCACUGCCCACAGACUUUCUACCAAGUAACCAGUCUUUCUAGUCAGAACAGAGAAGUCCAAUAGUAACCAGGGACGGCUGGGUAUGCAGAGCAGAGGUUGACUGCCCUGGUUUGUAUAGCCUGCUCAUUGUCUCAUGAAGGAAGAUUUUUAUUUUUUUCACCUAUUAUUGCCAGUAGGCAGGACAGCACGGAAAGGGUCCAUAGCAAUAGCAACAAUAGCAUUAUAAUAUAUUACAGGGUAAAUGGGCAUGAAGACUAUAUAUAGCUAAAGAGAUAUUGUUUAUAUAUUGUUUUAAUUAAUAUAAAAUGUAGUAACUGGUAUAGCUUUUCUUGUUGAAUUGAUAAGGCACUUUUCAUUUUGCACCUUUUUUUCUUUAAAUUAAAUGCUAGCGUGUUCAUUGUUGUGUCGCACGUGCACCAGAAAGGCAAGUUUAACUGAAAAAAAAAAAGGCUUGGAAGGUACGCGAGGAGGUGUUUAUGCUGCUGUUUUCAAAAAAUACUUUUAAAAGAAUGGCUGGUCAUAUCUAGAAAUGAUUAUGUUCAUUUUUCAUACACGGACUCUGAGUCUGAAACUGACAUAGCCCUAAAGGACGCUUUGCCUUUUGGCAAGUUUUAAAAAACGAAUGUAUUUAAGCUUCCUAAAAAAGUAUAAUUGCAACUCUAGGUGGAGACUGAGCGUGCAGACUGUUAGGCACAUUUGGAAAAACUUUUAAAAUGCCACUUGUUCUCCUCACUACACCGCCCCCCAAAUCCUAUAGCCCUAAUUAUGCAGAAUCCAGUAAUUGUAUAUAGACAUCUCCCAGUAGCAAUCAUUGAGCUUUGGAACAAAUCCAUAAUGAGUGUAUUUAUUGGAAUUUACUUUUUACUACUAGAACAAAUUUGUGGUCAUAAAGCACAGACUAAAGGGAGGCAUGAGUUAGGGGCAAAAGGGGUCGGAAUCCUGAAAGCAUAUCACUGAAUAAACUCUAAAUUAGCUAUUCUAGAAAAUAUUGCACUCUUCAUUUUGUAGUCAGCAGAGGGUAGGACAGGCAAGAUGUGUUGAACCAUUUUAUCUUAUUUGUUAAAUAGUGAGUAAAAUGUCUUUAUGUUUAGAAAGUGAAGCUGAUACCACCAGUACAUAGUGUCUUCAGUAGGAAAAUCAGGGCUGCAGUUUAUUUUGUCAUAUCAGUAGGAAUGUAGUUGGGGUUCUCAUGUAGUGGGAGAAGGGGGACUUCCUCCAUUCCCAUAGGAAAGGAGUAAUUUCAAGGUACAGUGAGCUUAUUUCCAGAACAGGAUGGUCAUUCCUUCCUCUUAAGUGUAUAAGUGUUCAUUUUGGUCCCACAAGGUAUCAUACUGAGCUCCAAAACAUGGGAUUUUAGACACCUGAUUUUCUACUUGGUUUUUUUUUUUGUGUUGAACUCUUCAGCCCUGUUACCCAUAUGCUACUCUAUGCCUCAGGGCAAAAAGUAUUUGAUGGCUGUGAUAUUGUUUGAUAACUGUCACACUCACAAGGGACCUGAAUAUUUUCAUUCUAUUUCAUCGUGCUAGAAGCAAAAGAGUAGUGCCAAAUGUAUUUGCAAGGACAAUUUUUUUCAGUAGCAGGAUGGAACUCAUACACACAAAGAGAAUGUGCAAAGCCAGUCUUGCUUUCUGGAAUUGUGGUCACCCACAGUUUUCUGGAACGGGUUUUUGUAGCUAGUCACUCAAUCUCAAAUACAAACUUUCCCCACAUUUCUUCAAUAUACCUUGCCUCUCAUCUGCACAAGGCCAAGAGGACUUCUACAGCUUACACUAAGAAGAGAAUGUCCUUUGUGGCCUCAAGGUAACAAAUGGAACUUCAAUCAGUUCUUCCUAUACACACAGAAACCUUUACUUUUCCAUUAGAAUUUUCUCCUGAAUCUUUCCCAUGGAAUAUUGAUUUUAACUUUAUAUUCUGUUGCCAUUUUGGGCUUCAGAAAAAAAAAUCAUUUAAUUCAUAUUCAUUUGACUCCUUUGUUUAGGGUUUUUGAAAAAGUAGGGAAUUUCUUUGGAUGGUGGAUCUGUAUGAAACCUAAAUAAUGGCUUGAAUAUUAUAUAGAUACAUAUACAUGACACAUGUAUUUUUUAUCAGUAAUCAUUGUCUAACAAUAAACAGAAAAUGAAAAUAAACUAUUUAAAUACCCUAACAUGUGGCUACAUAAAGAAUGAUUGUCAGUUAACAGAAAGUAACAGUCAAAAUUGUUCAUUUAGAAAAAUAUGCUCCCCUAGGAAUCCAUUGUCAGUUUCUGCAAAGUAUAUAUACUAAGUCAAUCCAAGGUCUUUAUUUGUCCAUUAUAUCCUACUGGGCUGACUAAUGAGUUACUGUAUAUCUUUAUUUUUCUUUGAUUGGUUUCAUUGUAAGUCAUUUCUGAUUUACUAAAUUUUGGAGGUGGUUUUAUUAAAGUAUGUUAACUUUUUUUAACCAAAGCUUUCUGAAUAUGACCAGCCUCAGGUGCUAGUACUUUUAAAGAGCAACUAAACUUAAUUUCAGUGUCCAUUUUCAAGAUUCCAGUGAGCUGAGCUUUUCUAAGGGUGAGACAGACCUUGAUGUUGAACAUAUGUUGAGAUUGCUGUGAUACCUAUUCUAGAAAAGAUCUAACAUUGUACCAGAUGUAAAUCUUGGGUAUCAUCACUUCAGAGUAGCAUCGCUUCUGAAGGAGAGGCAGGGAUAAAUCAAGAUAGAGCAAUAUAAUGCUGCUACCAGGUCUUUUUGGAAGACCAAGGGGAUGUUAAAUAUUAUGAGCUAGACACAUUUUUAUAGGACUAGACCGUUAGGAUCCAAGAUCUGAAGUGUGGUGAUAUAUCCCAUUAAUGAUAUGCUGUGCUUAAAUGAAUGUGAAAAACUGAAUUUUCACUUUCUGCUCUCAUUUCUUCCUUGUUAUAGAAACAUCUACAAUAUGUAUUCCUUUGCUAACGUGGGAAUAAUUAUUUUUAAUGAUUCUUAUAAUUGAAGUUGCCUGUCCCUAAAAAGUAUCCACCAGAGAUUUCUUUUUUCUUUCUUUUCUUUUUGGACUGGUCCCACAUCAACAUCAUUAUCCCAUUAUUAAGCAUGUCAUACCACUCUCGAUUAGAACAAAUACGGCUUCUCUAGAAAACCUGGAUACCAUAUAUAGCAGUGGUGUCUAUACAGCCUGUUUCUUCUUGUGACAAUUUUGGCAUUGCUCACGGUAGAAAAUAAAGCUACAGCUUAUGGCAAAAUGAAUCUUCAGGCAGAUUAACUAUUUGCUUUAAAGUAUAGAAUUUGGCUGUUUUGUUUUUAGAGAGUGCAGUAUACUUUUAGGUCUCUAAAACCCUUAUUCACCCUUUGUAACUUAAGCAAAGUUGAUUUAAGACACUGCUUCUUCUAAGUUUGGUUGUUCUUUACGAAGUUUGUACAUUUAUAGUAUGGAUACCCAGGUCUAUGUGAGCAUGUGGGAAGGUUGGGGGAGUGAAUGAAUGUGUGUGCAAUGUGAGUGAGCGUCUGACUGCUUCUAGGCUACUAAGUGUCAAUGGAAAAAAGAAAAUGUAUUCAAAAUAUGUAAGUCAAAAAUAGAAGGUGGAAAAAAAGAUUUAUUCUAUACAAAGCCUUGUCUGGACCACUUUAGAGAGACUUCUAUUUUUUUAACCCUUCUAUAAAUAUUUGAUGGCACUUGAAAUAUUCCUGCAAUAAAAUGUGAUUUGUGUAAAGAAAAAAAAAGAUUUUGUAAUGUGAAACAAUGAAAGAAAGUAAUGUAAUUUUCUAAAAAAAAAAUACAAACAAACAAACUUUGUAUUAUUUUCUUGAUGGAAUUUGUCUAUCUGUCUUUGGAAAACUUUUUAUUUCAUUGAAUGUGCCAUAGUAGAAAUACAUGUUCUUAAGUUUUUGACUAAGGAAUAGCUGUUUGUGUUCCGACAUUCCAAAAUGCAAGACAACAUAGCAGAGUCCUAAUUAAAAAGUUGAAUUAGUCUGUAAGCUUCUAUCAUUGUUGCUUUUUUGCACAUGUUCUUCAUUCCUCUAUAGUGCAAUAUGUACAUAGAGCACUUGCGGGUGUACCUUGAUCCCUCAGGGAAAAAAAAUACAUAUUUGUACAGGUUUUUUUUUUUGCCUUUUUUUCUUUUUUUUUCUUCUUUUCUUUUUUGCUAAGGAAUGUCGAUUGAAUCACUUGUUUAUUGUUGAGGGGCAGCCAGAUAAUUAUCCUAAAAGCCACUGUCUCAAACAUUUAUUGUUUAAAUCACACAUGUCCUUCUAGUACUUUUAUUUUUAAAAAAAUAAAAAGCUAUUUUCUGACAGUUCUUUGUGCUGAUUGGUGAAAAAAGGGUAAAUAAGCACCUUAUGAUUGACUUAACUGUGAAUGACAAUCCAUCUUGUUAUCAACAAUAGAAGCCCUAUCGUUUUUGGAGUUGGGGUUAAGAGUCAGAAACUAAUGUGCUCAGGGAUCUUCUAAAACUCUUAAAACAGGGUGGCCAGUACUACUGGGACAAAUUUCAUUUUUCAUUAUUAUUAAUAAUAUCCCUCCAAGGCACAAGUGAACUGCAUAAGAACAUUAGUAUGUAAACUAUUCACAUUUGUCUCGUUUUGUUGUCUGAAACCUAUAUUCUCUUUGGUCUUAUGUGCUUAAAAAUGGCAUAAAGCCGUGCCAUUCUGUUCUAAAGCUAAACGAACAUUAAGCGUAUUAACAAAGGAACAUCGUUCAGAGUUCCAUUGCACAAUAUUGUGUGCUAGUUCUAUAAUUAUCACGAAAAUGUUCAUGUCAAAUACAUUUUCAGCUUUCAACAAUGAAGAAUAUAUUCCAGAGUUUACUUAUGGAUAAAAUUAAAAGACACUAUUCCAAACAAGAGGUGAAUAACUGUUCUCUCACUCUUCCUCUAUCACUUUCUCUGUCUCUCCUCUCUCUACCCAGUCUAACCCCUUUCUCUCUCUCUGCUUUUCUUUCUCUUCCUUUGCACCUCUGUCUUUCCCCUAAUUCCUUUUUUUGCCAUAGAAGUAAAUAUUCAGAAGAAAGCUUUAAAUGCUCUAUAGACAAAAUACCCCAACGUAAGCAUACUUUGAGACCUUCAUAUAUUCAUUGGAUAGGAACAGUUAUACAUAGUAACUGCUUAGAGCAUUUUGGAGGAAAAAAACUCAUUGCAUCCAUGUCGUUAGAACUUAUUAAAUUUUGGUCUAAGGAAACAUGUUCUAACCACUUCGGUGUCAAAAUAUAGUAUAAUAGAAAACCUUUAAAACACAUUACAAGUCAAAUCCUCUCCCUCAGAAACACAAUGGGGACAAACGGUAAGAUUCUAAUGUGGUAUGUUCCAUCUGUCGAACAGUUUUUCUAUCCUACAAUGCCUGCCUUACAAAGCAAUUUUAUCACAUUGAAUUAAUUUAAAGAAACUCUUCCAUCGCUUAUUUUAAGACACAUGAAGGCUUUCCUCCCUGCAACAUAGAACAGCCAGACAUUUCUAUGUAACAGUUUGUUUCUGUUUGAUUUUUCUUUAGUGACAUCAGCUCUUGUUGGGCUCUCCAUUUAACAUCUUGUUUCAGCACCAAACUGCCAUUGCAGAUUACAAAAACCUUACACCCUCUUUUGAGGCAGGAAUCUGACCUCUAGAACUUAGAGCAAUAAUUACAUUUAGUCCAUAAAGGAAUUUUUUUUUGUAAUUCAACAUAAAAUGUAUUGGUCUAUGGAAUCAUUAUGGAAACCAUAUGUGAAUGUUUUAAGUGAAUGGCUAGAAAAAAAUCAGUAUUUCUAAUCUGCAUUUAGUUUUAUGGUAUAAUUAUUAUACCACAUUAACCUUUUCCAUUUUAUUCCUUGAAACCCUUUCCCAGAACACAUUGCAUUCUGCACACACCAUCAUCAUGUUCUUCAAGCAACAGCUCUAUGCUUUCAUUGUUCUUUGUAUGCUUCAUCUAAUUACUUCCCACCCGUUAUCCCAAUCAGUCUUAAUAUGGAUUAAUACAUUUUCUGUGGAGCUGAUUAUCACUGAACAGAUUGCAUAAGUAAAUGCAAGCAACUCAUAAGCAAUAUAGUGAAUUUUAUUUCACAAAAAUACAUAUGUACUGUAUACAUCUUUCUAAAUUCCAAAUUCUCUUCUCUGUUUUGGUUUGAAUCUUCAUGUAAAACAGUGGUAAAUGUUUUUAACAUUAGGACAUUAGCUGGCUGCUUCUUUCUAUGUACCUGUAUUGUCUGCCUGCUCCUUUUGUGGAGAUGUGUUUUUGUAUUGGAUGUUUGGGCCAAUGGGAGGCUUCAAGCUAUGACAUAUUUUCCCAAUUUAAAUAUAUUUAACAUAUGACAAACCCCAGACAAGGCUUUUAAAAUGUAUAAAGAACUGCAGUGUUAGGUGGUUUAUUUGCAAACCAUUUUCAAUGUUGUCCAUUUUUAUGGCACCUUUAACAAUAUUCUUGUUUCCAAAGUACAAAAAAAAAUAGGUUAAAAAUACUCUAGCCAUAACUGAAUGUCAAGCAAUAAAAACAAAUGACUUUUUGUGCAUAGAUUUUAAAAAAAAUACAAAUUUUAGACAUCUGCAUGUAAAUGCAAUCUUGUUUACUGCUUUCUUCAACUUGAGCAACUGAUUCCUUAUUUUCCUGCUAACUUAAGGACUUGUAAUGGCCUGUAAACAUUUUCUCUUACUCUUCUUUCAAAUUUAUCUUUGUCUCUGCUUUUGAGUCAUAAUAUUUAAUGUUGUUCUGCUCACCUCUAUACAGUUAACUUUUUGGCUUUCAUUCUGUAUAGAUAAGAAAAUGUUAUAUUAUAAACAGCCUACUCAGUGCAAAUAUUUAUCUGUUUAUCAAAUACCACAUUAUUCUGUAUAAUACCUGUUUUACUAUAUAAUCUAUUUUAGACAUAGCUGUUUAGAACUAGAGUGUGCUAUUUUUGUGUUUUUCUGAUGUGUGGUGCUAGAUAAGUUACUUUUGUGAACAAAAAUCCCUUUUAUUCCUAGACAAUACCACCUUUGGGUCUUGUUAAUUUCACUGAGUAUAACUAUAUAUAUUUGUAUAUAUAUAUAUACAUAUAUAUAUAUAAUAUAUAUAUCUACCUGUACCCAACUGGUACCUGUAUCAGAGUGCUAGAUUUGGGACAUGCUUUUCUCUUUAAAUACGUAGUAUCAUUAUAUAAAUUAUUCUACAGUGUAUUUAAUUGGGAUAAAAUUACUUCCUUAGUAUUGAUAUUUGGCAUCAAUAGAGUAAAUUUUCUUAUAAAUAUGGAUUAUAAAAACAGCAUUUUUUGUUUUAUAACUUGGCUUCAUAACAUUAUAUUUGAUAAGAUGAAAAAUAAUUUCCUGUGGCUUCAAGAACCCAAAGGCUCACUCUAGUUUAAAAAGCAAUACAUUUUUAGAGGCGUUCUUUUUUAAUUAAUAAAUUAUAUUUGGCAUCUGGUGCACUUAGCACCUGUUACAAAUAAGAGACAUUUGUAGAAAACAUUGUUGGUGGCUUGAAGGCAGAACAGACUUUCCAAACAAGAAGUCACUGGUAGACAGAUAUGUUUGUCAUCUAAUAAAUGUGGAUCUCAUUGUUGGAUAUGAAAUUUGCAUUAUCAGUCAAUUAUGUAAUGUUCAUUUUGAAUUAGUCAUUUGACACAGAACUAAUAACUCAAUUCUUCUUCCAAACCCCAUUGGCAGGUUCAUUCUUGAAAGAAAUAUAUCAAAUAUCUAACUAAGGAUGUAGUUAAACCUUAUUAAAUAUUUAUUAGAAUUGUUCUGUACUAUUACUGAAUUUAUAAGAUCUUUAGCAAAGAUUUUUGAGCAAUUUAUAAACCUAUAUCAGAUGUUUCUGUUUACUGCACUUUUUGUAACUGAAGGUGAUAAAUUCUAAUGUCAUGGUUCAGGCUUCCAUGCAUUGCAUUUGUACCCGCAAUCCUAGACAUUUUCCAUUUUUACGGAAGAUUUAUUGUUAUCAUAAACAUAAAUGCAAUUGUACAUGGUAGGCAGGUUUCAUGAUCAGUAGAAUGCUAAUAAUAAUUACCUUUCAAAACUCAAUUGGCUACAGGCUAGUGGAAAAAAAAACACAUUUUAAUACAAAUCAUGAGGCCGUUCCUUCUUGCUUUAGCUUAAAAGGAGACAUGGGCCUUUUUUACUCCAUUUGACAUCAUAGGCUGCUUAAGAGCAGGAAAUCUUAUCUUUUCUAUGUUCUCUGAAAUGCCCAGCACAUUGUCGGCAUUUAAUAAAGGUUAAGUAAUAAUAAUGGACUUGAUUGCAACAUUGUUUUUUCUGAAUUGUUUAGGUGUAUUUAUAAAGUAUACCAAGCCUUAUGGUUAAUAUUUCCUCCUACAACCAAGUGUUUAAAGUAACAUUUAAAAAUACCACAUUAAAUGCUGAUUAUGAAAGUGUGUAGGUCUAAGGAUGAAGCACACAAAUUUCACAAACCUCGCUGAGUCCCAGACUCAGCCUUCUGUAAAUAUUCAUGCAAGUACAAAAAAAAAUACUGUACCUAUAAAUAUCUGCUGUCUCUUUGUGUACAGUAUGUACAAACUCCUUUUUUUCUGCCACAAUGAAAAUGCAAGCCAUUUACAAGAAUCCUAAAAAAUAGAGUAUUGUACUAAAACUUUGCUAAUGAUCUUUAUUAGAGGAUUGUUUAAAUUUUCACUUACAUUGGGUCUUCUUUUAAGUUCACUCUUAAAGUAGUCGGCUUAUAUCCAGCUGUUUGUUAUUUUACUGAGUCCUGAAAAAAAAAGUAUUUUGAUUCAUUUUGUAAAUACAGCUGUAAAAAAGAGAUUUAAUGUUGUCUUUUAAAUACUCCAAUUUUCAUUCUAAUAUGAAUGUUGUUAUAUUGUACUUAGAAAACUGUACCUUUAAUAUUACAUUACCUUUAUUAAAAGUGCAUUGAACACAUCGAUUUUAGAUGUGUUGUUAUGUACGGUUAUCCUCUAAUAAAACUUCAGCUUCUAAUGGAAA